AUGAUUGACGAUCUAAUUUCUAAUUAUGAUAUGAAGAGUACGAUAUUCCAAAAGACAAAAUUAGAAGACUAAUCAGCAUGGAUAAUAUGCAAGAUCCCUAAUUAGGAUGAUUUCAAUUCCCUGCGGCGAUUGUUGCAUCAACCUCUUGCUACGUCUUAUUUUCAUUAACUUUCCCUCAUCUCCGAAUGUUUCAUGUCAUCGAAAUGUCAUGUUCGUUUCAUUGGUAAUCAAGUUACUUCUCAGUUAUCAGUCGACGAUUCCUCUCGGAUCAAUUAAAGCCAGUCAAAUUUUAUUGGCAUGGGGAUGACCUAACUGGAGAAACGAGUCUCAACACGCAGUGUUCAUGAGAUCUUUCACUUUCACUCAUUAAGGGAAAAGUGGCGCCGUCUUGAGAAUUUUGCAAGUUAUGGGGGCGGGAUCGGGAGGGAUGGGAGCAAGCCGAAAAAAAAGUGAUCAACCACGAAACCGGCGGAUCUUCCCCAUCUCCAGUGGAUGCAAAUCAUCGCGGUUAACAAUCGUUUUGGGGGUGUUUACUUCCUCUCGCUUAUCAACAGUAAACUUUCCGGGUUUCAACACUGUUUUCAACAAAUUCUCCUAAUUAUUUUGGCAAUUUCCACUCUAACUCAAACCGUAUCCACCUCUUGUAUAAACAGUCAAUAUCCUGUAUCCUUUCCCAGACAUGAUUGAGCACUGUCAAUCUCCGUUGAAAUUUAUCGUUUCCCGUUGAAAUCUUAAUAAAAAUAGCAAAAACAAUGGCUCUCCGCGGGAGAAUAAAUCCAGUUCGGGUUUCCGGCUUACGUUACAAAAUUUCACAUUGAAGUUUUCGAACUAAUUUUACAAAAGGGUGCGCAAUUUUCCGCGAGCCGCAAAUUUUAGUAUUUCAUAAACGAUUCCCAUUAAUAAUAUGCCCCAAUAUUCGGGUUCGCCUUUCUAUUCAUGGUGAAGGUAAAUGUUUUACUUAUUACUUUACAAAAUGGUAGAGCUAUCUUUCCUGCUGGAAAACCGGUUUAUGGCCUUAUCCUAGCUCUGCAUUAGACUAAUCACACUACGUUUUCACCUCGUAUUUUACAGUAAAACAUUAAUUUUUAUGCAUCACCUUUCAUCACUACUGGUUUUUACGGACUCAAUGAUUACAAUUAGUGAUAAAAAACCGUUUCAGAUGAUAAUACGAAGCCGUUGGAUCCUCAUAUUUCAAUUGAUCUCGAUUAUCAGGGGCAAGUUCAAGUUUGUUUUUUGACCGGUUUUGCGCGGGAUGCUCCUCCGAUGACCGAACACGCAUCCAAGGAUGUAAUCAUCAUCCAUUCAAGCGCGUUAUCAUCUUCCUUCUCGGGGCGAGAGGAGCUUUAUCAAACCAGCUUUAUGACGGGAUUACGAAGAGAAAAAAACAAAACUUUUUUCUCGCAAAGAACUUUGGAACAUCGGAAACAAACCACACCGAGAUCUGACAAAGUUGCUUUUUAGGGGAGACUGUAGUCGAUUCGGACGAUCAUGCAGAAGAGGGAGCCUAUCGGAUAACAGAAGAGGGGACAACAGGGGAAGUUCAGAGAGGACAAAACAUCCUCUUCUUGAAAAGUUUGCGACAUCUCAAGGUCCGAGCUCAUGGAACGUCAACUUUCUCGGAUGAAAGGUUAUCGGUCGAUUUCUUGAAACACCCAUUGCCCCCAACAGAUGGUCAUGUAAGACACAAAUUCACGUGAAACAAAAGUGUUAAUCCGCAAUCUCAAAAAAAAAACAUUUUCAGGAACUCCACGAAAGUUAUCGUCGUCCCUUAGACAGACUGACCGAUAACCAACUUAGAACUCUAAUUGGCCGAUAUCAUCAAGGCAAGGUGGAUACGGAAACCGUAAGCAGAUUACGAGAUUAUAACUUCAUUUUUAGUUGAGCCGUGAGGAAAUGAUCAAAACGUUGGAGGGUGUAAUCGACCGGCACAAUCAAAGAUUACUCAAGCCCAAACUCCUGACCAAUGUGAAUGUUCUGAUCCCAUCCGAGUUGACAAUCAACAAAGAUCCCGUGGUCAGUGAGAGACAACAAUCAAGGACGACCUUGGGUCCAAUGAGAACUACUGGGGUUCCGGUAUUAGUAGACAGUGAAGAUGACGAACUAGCCGCUGACAAUUUGGUAUGAACAAUUCCAAUUUGACACUGUUCAUUUUAGGAACGGAUUCGAACAGUUGCUACGAAACAACAAGAAACUAGCACACCACUUCCUGCACUAGCACCCGCGGAAGAUUACAUUGACCCUAAGGUUGCUGCGAAUUUGGAUGACGCUCAAGAUAUCAGUAUCAUUGGUUCUGAAGAAAAAACCAGAACGACUAUGGUGACUGAAGAAUACACGGAGGCGCCAACAACUGCUGCAACGACUACAGAGAGUGCAACAACUGAGAUCACAACCGCAGAAAGCACCACGCAGGAGAAUACGACGCCAGAGAGUGUUGCAACUACAGAAAAAACUUCAUCCACUCCAAAACCCGCUUUCACGAUGUUGAUUCGACGUCAUAAGACAGUUCCGGAAGAGAAAAAGAUCGAGUUAGAUCAUGUUGGCAACUUCGCCGUUCAUGACAACAUCAAUAUGAGAUCAAAGAACAACAGAUUACACUCUCAAUUCAUUGAGGACCUCGGGGAAAAGUUGAAACAAAUGAAAUCGAAAUACGAAUCAAUGAAGAGUGAGUUCAUGAGGAGAUUACGUAGGAUAAAUGAGAGACAUAUGAGUACGAUUGAGAAGCCGGAUAGAGAAGAGCUACCGCCAGUUCGAAGCGUGGCCGCCGCUGCACCCACCAUCAUCGCCACUGGUAGUAAAAUAUUGGAUGAGAAUCAUAGCGACACUGAGCAUGGAAGGACCUUGCUUUCUGAUGCCAGAAACGCACAAUACGAUCAAUAUGCACAGCCUCCAAGGGAGAUUGAAGAGGAACUUCACAGAGGAUACAAUCCAUUAAAAGUUGUGCCAUUUGAGCGAGAACAAUCAGACGAGAACAAACACGAUCACGGUGGAGAAGAACAUGGAACUGAGGAUGAGAAGGAGGUUCAUCGAAAAAAUAUUAAAGAAUUCUUCGAAUCCGAAUCAAAUUCAUCUUCAAAUGAGAAAAAGCCUGAGGGUCAAAUACAAGUGUCACCAGCUGCGGAGACAACCGAAGGCCCGUACAAAGGAUCCACCCACAGUGGAGCCAAAACAACCCUCUUUAAGAUCGAAGAAGAGAUAAAAUCAGUGGUGGAUGAGAUAGAUCAAGCCAAGCAGCCGCGAAAACCAAAACAUUACGUUAAUACUGGAAGUUCGAAUCGAGCCCAAAUGGAAUCGACGACCCUAAUGAAUGAAGUAAACUUCCCCACACACAUCAACAUGAACAAACCUGGUAUAAAGAUUGAUCAUGAGUUUCACGGCGUCAAAGUUCCCGCCAAGCCAUCUGAAACCGGUGCGUUGCGAGAUUCCGAUGGGCCAGCUGAUGGUUACAAUCGGCCGUUCAAGUAUCCACAACAAGGAAUCAGAGGCUAUCGGGGACAAAACGAAAAGGUCAAGAGGAUUUUCAGUACUGCUUACUCUAGCGUCAACAGUGGGAAUACGGGCUUGUUCAAGAAGAAGCACGAAAGUAUUGCCAAGCAUACUAAACCGGCCCGCGGAGGCCUGAUCGACUCCGAUAACUCUGAACCCGAGCAUCUUCCACGUGCUCAAGAUGUUCCCAGCAUUCCACGGGCCCCUGAAGAGCCAGCUCCAUCAGUGAUGGAGGCCCUCAAAACCUUCGAAAGUGAGCUUACUUCCCAGGACAUAUGGGUGGAGGCCAACAAAAAGUCCUCGGUGGAGACUAAUGGGGAAGUCAGUGCCAUCGAGCUGGUCCAACAAUUGCAGAAGGAGCAUGUGGAGCAACACAAAAUGUAAGAAUACGUAUUCGCUUCCCACUUAUCUACUAUUUCCAAAGAAUAGUAAGGGGGGGGGGUUGUAAAGGUCGACAUCUUCGCACUUUUAUAUCAACCAACGGUUAUCAGUUCGAAUUCGAACAAUCAGGUGUCCGCAACGUUCUAUGAUUCCUAUUUUAGACAGCCCAAAUGGCAUCAUCACACUCAGCCAGUAAUGCACACAGAUCGGAAUGAACCGUUCAAUGAGGGUGAGUAAAAUAACCAAAAUUAUAGUCAAAAGGGAAAAUGUUUUUCGCAUAGAAAUAAAAACGCUUUUUCUUAGAAAACUUAUUUUUAGAAAAAAUGAUUUUUUUCAUAGAAAAAAACAUUUUUAUUUUAGAAAAGAAUGGUUUUUCCUUAGAAAGUGCAAUUUUAAGUAAAUUUGUGUAUAAUAAUAACAAAAAUUGAUUUUAAACAGUAACAAGUAGUGAAUUUUGUUAAGUAGUAGGGCAAAAUAGUAAGAAUAGUAACUUUUUGAGUGAAUAUUGGGGAAUGGGGUAUUCGAUUGUGCUGAUUUCGAAAACAUAGUUCGUUUUUUGCGAUUUUGACUUUUUUCUUAAGUAGUACUGUAAGUUAGUAGCAAUUUUGAAUUUUUUAUUAAUUGUUGAAUUGUUUAAUUGAAUAUUCUCUCUGGUUCGUCGGAAUUUGUCUGAAGAUAUAUAAGGGUUAACCCAGGUACGAGCAAGAAAUCGAUUUCAAUCGACGUUGAGGCAUCAACAAUACAAAUUGCUACUAACUUACAGUACUACUUAAGAAAAAGUCAAAAUCACAAAAAACGAACUAUGUUUUCGGAAUCAGCACCAUCGAAUACCCCAGUCCCCAAUAUUCACUCAAAAAGUUACUACUCUUACUAUUUUACCCCACUACUCAACAAAAUUUACUACUAGUUACUGUUUAAAAUCAGUUUUUUUUAUUAUUAUACACAAAUUUACUAAAAAUUGCACUUUCUAAGGAAUAACCAUUCUUUUCUAAAAUAAAAAUGUUUUUUUCUAUGAAAAAAAUCAUUUUUUCUAAAAAUAAGUUUUCUAAGAAAAAGCAUUUUUAUUUCUAUGUAAAAAACAUAGACCCUAGUCAAAAUACCCCUUUAAUUCGCCCAACUGAACCUAAAGUUGUGGAAAAACUUCACCGUUUUUCUAAAUGCACCAAAUAAACUUAUCAUUUUCGAAAAACAAUAUAUCAAAGGCAUUUACUGAUAUCAGAAAUGACGUCCUUCGACCAAGCGAGGUCAAAAAAUCUUUGCAUAAUUUUACUAAUACUACAAUAAUUUCAGCGGACGAUCGGCUAAAACAAUGUAACAAAGUGGCUUGUAACUUCGAGUCAGGUAAGGAUUGUGUCUUUUACACCUCUUAACAUGCUAUAAAAAGGUACCAAGUUUUAAUUUUGCCUGUUUUAGAAGACCUUUGCAAUUGGGAGAGUUCCGUGGAUACCGUAAACCCCGGAAGCCACAACUACAGAUACCUUUUGCGUCGCCGAGCUCAUCGACAAGCCGAUUACGUGAUGAGAGGAUGGCAAAACUGGAGGGGAAGAUACCGAAACAGUGUUACUGGCAUUGCACGGGGCGACAACUUCAACGAGAGGAAUCAGCAUUUCGCUGCUUCAUAUGUUAAGCCCUUCCAAAGAUCAACGUUGUCGGCAAGGAUCAACGCAACAAAGGUGGAAACAAUUGAAUUCCAGGCUUGGGAAGCGGCUAGGAAUAUUCAAUUGAGAGUUUGUUGUGAUACAACCGAGAACUGUGUGUUCGAGACCGAGAUUGGAGUUAAACGAGGGAGCAGGAGAUGGAAGCUACACUAUGCCAGCUGUCCAGUAGGAACUCAGAAGGUAAGUUGAUAUAAAUCAUGUACAAUAUAUUUAAAAAACGAAUAUUAUACUUCUAAAACGGCCAAAAGUCCCGUCUAAGUGAUAAUACAAAAUCAAAAAAAAAACUGAAAGCCGUAUCUUAUCAUAAACAAACCAUCCAAAAUUAUAGUGAAUAUCACUCCUAACUUACAGUAAAAUAAUCUCUUCAGGUUCUCUUCGAAUGUAUCAAUCACGGCAUAUUCCAAGGUGCUUGUGGUGUAGACAAUAUCCGCCUGUUGGAUUCGGCUUGCCCUUCCGUCCAAUCAGCCCGCACAAUAAUCGAUAGCGAUGGUCUGGCAAGACACUAA